UGGGGAAGCGACGGGGCUCGCGCGGCGAGCUGUCAGGGGACUCGCUCUCCGCCAACGGGAUCUCAUCAGCUCCGUUCCAAGCCUGAGAUCUCCCCCACGCCAAGUGGAAUCUGGUGUGUACAGCCAUACUGGUGUCUCUGUAUCCCAUCCCCCUUCCCACCUCCUCGCCGCCUGACCAAUGCUGGGAUCCGAGAUCCAGUCGCCCCCUUCCUGCCUCCGGUCCGCCUUUCCCCACCCAGCCUUCUCCCCAUCUCCACACCAGCCACCCCCACCCCCACCCGUGCAAAGGGCAAAGAGCAAAGGCACUCGGGAAAGACUGGGGUAGUUCCAUCUCCUCCUCGAGUUGAGCGAGGCCUGAGGCUGGGAUUGCGAUGUGAGUGACAAUCUUUCCGGGAGACACACAGAAAGCCAGCCAGGAGCCGGGGCUCUGGGGGAACAGCAGAACUCGCCACCGAAUUGAGAACGUGUAGAUUAACAGCAACCGUAUCCAGCCCUGGGACAUUUCUGCCAUCGACCGAUUGCCAUCCAGGACGCAUCCGAAGCUGUGGUCCAGAGCUGCGGGUCACCGGCAUCACCACGCUAAGAUGCGCGCCGGGCUCUGGCAUCGGCAUGCAGCGACCAUUUCCCUCUAAAUCUCAAAGGUGAAAAUAUCUAAGAGGAUUACAAGCGUUGAUUUGGUGGCCCUUUCUGAAAGUUGGUGGCCGGAAGAGAAGAUACAAUGACGGAUAUAAAGCAGCCUCCUCCUGGAGAGUUUGCCCCUCCCGCUGGGAAGUCCCUCGCAGCAAUCCUCGGAGAUGCUGAGCGCUCGGCACCGAUAGUUUUGUAAUCAAGCACGGAUGAUGAAGCCUUCCAUAGCUGAGAUGCUACACAGAGGGAGGAUGUUGUGGAUAAUUCUUCUAAGCACAAUUGCUCUAGGAUGGACUACCCCCAUCCCCCUGAUUGAGGACUCUGAGGAAAUAGAUGAGCCCUGUUUUGAUCCAUGCUACUGUGAAGUCAAAGAAAGCCUGUUUCACAUACACUGUGACAGCAAAGGAUUUACAAAUAUUAGUCAGAUCACCGAGUUCUGGUCAAGACCUUUUAAACUAUAUCUACAGAGGAAUUCAAUGAGAAAAUUAUACACCAACAGUUUCCUUCAUUUGAAUAAUGCUGUGUCCAUUAACCUUGGGAACAAUGCAUUGCAGGACAUUCAAACUGGAGCUUUCAAUGGUCUUAAGAUUUUAAAGAGAUUAUAUCUUCAUGAGAACAAAUUAGAUGUCUUCAGAAAUGACACUUUCCUUGGUUUGGAAAGUCUGGAAUAUCUGCAAGCAGAUUACAAUGUCAUCAAGCGUAUUGAGAGUGGGGCAUUUCGGAACCUAAGUAAAUUGAGGGUUCUAAUUUUAAAUGACAAUCUCAUCCCUGUGCUUCCAACCAACUUAUUUAAAGCUGUCUCUUUAACCCAUUUGGACCUACGUGGAAAUAGGUUAAAGGUUCUCUUUUACCGAGGAAUGCUAGAUCACAUUGGCCGAAGCCUGAUGGAGCUCCAGCUGGAGGAAAACCCCUGGAACUGUACAUGUGAGAUUGUCCAACUCAAGAGCUGGCUGGAACGCAUUCCUUACACAGCUCUGGUGGGAGACAUCACCUGCGAGACCCCUUUCCAUUUCCAUGGAAAGGACUUGCGAGAAAUCAGGAAGACAGAGCUCUGUCCACUGUUGUCUGACUCUGAGGUGGAGGCCAGCCUGGGGAUUCCUCACUUGUCAUCAAGCAAAGAGAAUACCUGGCCAACUAAGCCUUCCUCCAUGUUGUCCUCUGUCCAUUUCACUGCUUCUUCUGUUGAAUACAAGUCCUCCAAUAAACAGCCGAAGCCCACCAAGCAGCCGCGAACACCAAGGCCACCAUCUACAUCCCAGGCUUUAUACCCUGGUCCCAACCAACCUCCCAUUGCUCCUUAUCAGACCAGACCACCCAUUCCCAUUAUAUGCCCUACUGGGUGUACCUGUAAUUUGCAUAUCAAUGACCUUGGCUUGACUGUCAACUGCAAAGAGCGAGGAUUUAAUAAUAUUUCUGAACUUCUUCCAAGGCCAUUGAAUGCCAAGAAGCUAUACCUUAGCAGCAAUCUAAUUCAGAAAAUAUAUCGCUCUGAUUUUUGGAAUUUUUCUUCUUUAGAUCUCCUGCAUCUGGGAAACAAUCGUAUUUCUUAUGUCCAGGACGGAGCCUUCAUCAACUUGCCCAACCUAAAGAGCCUCUUUCUCAAUGGCAACGACAUAGAGAAGUUGACACCAGGCAUGUUCCGAGGACUACAGAGUUUGCACUACCUGUAUUUUGAAUUCAAUGUCAUCCGGGAAAUCCAGCCUGCAGCCUUCAGCCUUAUGCCCAAUUUGAAGCUGCUAUUUCUUAACAAUAACUUGCUGAGAACCCUGCCCACUGACACCUUUGCAGGCACAUCUCUGGCUCGACUGAACCUGAGGAAGAAUUACUUCCUGUACCUUCCGGUGGCUGGUGUACUGGAACAUUUGAAUGCAAUUGUCCAGAUAGACCUAAACGAAAAUCCCUGGGAUUGCACUUGUGACCUGGUCCCAUUUAAGCAGUGGAUUGAAACCAUCAGCUCAGUCAGUGUGGUAGGUGAUGUACUUUGUAGGAGCCCUGAGAACCUCACCCACCGUGAUGUGCGUACGAUUGAGCUGGAAGUUUUGUGCCCGGAGAUGGUACAUGUUGUGCCAGCUAGAGCUUCUCCGGCCCAGCCUGGAGAUUCUCACCUUGCUGGUGGACCAACCAGCGCCUCACCAUAUGAGUUCUCUCCACCUGGAGGCCCCGUGCCACUGUCUGUGCUGAUUCUCAGCCUCCUGGUUCUGUUUUUCUCAGCAGUCUUUGUGGCUGCGGGCCUCUUUGCCUACGUGCUCCGAAGGCGUCGGAAGAAGCUGCCCUUUAGAAGCAAGCGGCAGGAAGGUGUGGACCUCACAGGCAUCCAGAUGCAAUGUCACCGGCUAUUUGAGGACGGGGGAGGCGGUGGUGGUGGAAGUGUAGGUGGAGGUCGUCCAACCCUUUCCUCUCCAGAGAAAGCCCCUCCUGUGGGCCAUGUCUACGAGUACAUCCCCCACCCAGUUACCCAAAUGUGCAACAACCCCAUCUACAAGCCUCGGGAAGAGGAGGAAGUCACUGUCUCAGCAGUCCAGGAACCAGCAGGUGCAGAACGUGGAGGUCCUGGAACACAACCACCAGGAAUGGGUGAGGUUCUCCUCGGAAGUGAGCAGUUUGCUGAAACACCCAAGGAGAACCACAGCAAUUACCGGACCUUGCUGGAAAAAGAGAAGGAAUGGGCCCUGGCUGUUUCCAGCUCCCAGCUGAACACCAUAGUGACGGUCAACCACCAUCACCCACACCCUCACCACUCAGCAGGGGUAGGUGGGGGCACUGGGGGAGACUUGGCUGGGUUCCGCCACCAUGAGAAGAAUGGCGGGGUGGUGCUAUUCCCCCCUGGGGGAGGCUGCAGUGGUGGCAGUAUGCUACUAGACCGUGAGAGGCCACAGCCAGCCCCUUGCACAGUAGGAUUUGUGGACUGUCUCUAUGGCACAGUGCCCAAAUUAAAGGAACUACAUGUUCACCCCCCUGGCAUGCAAUACCCAGACUUGCAACAGGAUGCCAGGCUCAAAGAAACCCUUCUCUUCUCAGCUGGAAAGGGCUUCACAGAUCACCAAACCCAAAAAAGUGAUUACCUCGAGUUAAGGGCCAAACUUCAAACUAAGCCGGAUUACCUCGAAGUCCUAGAGAAGACAACAUACAGGUUCUAACGGAGAGAAGAAAAUAAAUUAGUGUUUAUUCCCUCUUCCCCACAGCAAAGGAAAAUAAAAGAAAUAUAUCCCUUGCUCCCAUUACACUUAUCCUAAUAUCUCUGCCCUCACAAUCUCCCCUCCCUGGACAGAACUGCAAACGCAUGAUAACUAGAGAAUACAGAUGUGUGUGCUCCCCUCUCAGAUGUGAUUUGGAGGAAGGGCCAUACUCAGAUCAUUAAUCAAUGAAGUGCCUUCGCAGACUUUUGCCAGCAAAUGUUACCAUUAUUUUUUAUACUGAACCCCGGACUCUUGACUGUGCCGUGUAAGGUAUACUGGGGAUCCUGUAUUGAUCCUGAGUAAAAUUCAAUGUGUCUUUAUUUUCAGUAACUUUUUUCCUUUAGUGGUAGUUUUAUUUGAAAGGGGGAGGGGAAGGUGACAUUUGUGGCUUUCUCUUCUCUGCUCAUCAUGGCACAGAUCUUGUACAUGUAUUAACGAUGCAGUUUGCCGCAUGCCUGGGAACUGCAAGGAGGGGAGGGAGGGGUGGGUCUUGCUCGAAUGUUCUCGCUCUGUUGUUUAUCUCACACAUAUCCAUAUGCGAACAAUGAAGCCCUGCAUAUACUGAGGUACUUCAGCCUGCACUUUGUGUGGGUGUUCUCUCUCUCUCUCUCUCUCUCUCUCCUCUCUCUCUCUCUCUCUCUCUCUCUCUCUCUCUCUCUCUCUCUCUCUCUCUCUCUCUCCCCCCCCAUACAACACAAUCUGCUUAGUUCCAGUUUGAUCCAUGUUGUUCCUCUCCAUAGCUCCACCUGCCCUUUACCCCUAGUGUACAGCUUAGAACACCUCUCCUACCACCCUGGGAAAAGUCACAUUCGAGGCUGGAUCCUACUGAAGUGAAGGCCCGUUCUGUUGGUGUAACAGCCAGAGACACACACCUAGGGAUGGGCACCCUCUCAAUGACACUUCAUCCUGGUUCAUGCCAAGAUUUUUUGAGGAUACCUGCACUUUCUUAUAUAUAUAUAUAUAUAUAUAUAAUAUUGAAAAAUAAAAAAGCAACUGGGUAUAUAUCACUAACAGCUUUGUAGGAAGCACUUUUAAUGUUUCUCUCUCACACACAAAGAUUCAAAAGAAAUGUGCAUAUAUUUAUUCUGUAAUUUCAGUGAUUAUAAAUUGUAAAGGUAAUGUUUAAUCAUUGUAUAGUGAUUAUGCGUCUGGUAUAGCUUUCCUAAUAAAAAGAUUUUGAAAAACAUAA